AAUAAUAUUAUAAUUAUUCGUUUACAAUCCAUACAGUUAUACUCUAAUACUCACUAUCAAUACGUUCUCUGUGUUUAAAAAUAUAAAUAAAAUAAUAUAAUGUGAUAAAGGUGACUUGCAAGCGAUCGAUACCUACCUUUUGGGUUAUUUCGUGUCGAAACCGUAGGGACGACGACCGCGAGCGACAAAAAAACAACGGCUCUCGACCGUGACUUCAUCGGAUCUUGCGCGGCUGUUGUUGUGUUUACGGAUAUCAAAGGCCGACGACGAACGUCUUCCGCGUCGGAACGUUUCCCGUUUUUCCUUAGUCAUCGUCGCACGUAAAAGGCAUUGAGACUUAUCAAUCUCAUUUAAAAUGAGUUCAGAAAAUGUAUCAAAUAAUGAUCAAGACAACAAUACAUUAUCAAACCAACCUAUUCCUGGAGUUCGUCAAGACACGUUGAAUAAUAUAAAUAAUAUUGCUGCGUCACCUCCAAAGUUUUUAUCAUUACCGGAAAUCAUGGGAGCUGCUGAAAAAUUAGAAAAUAUUGCUCUUGUACAUGAGAUAGCCGUCGAUGAAAAUUUCAAGUUGGAACAGCAAGAACCACCAAAUAACAGUAUCAUGAAACAAGUUAAAGACACAAUGCACAAAGUAUUUUGGGGUAUAUUACGCGAACAAUUAAAUAAUGAUCCUCCUGAAUAUUCUCAAGCUAUGGUUCUUUUAACAGAGAUUCGAAAUACUUUAUCAAGCCUAUUGUUAGAUCAACAUACUAAAUUAAAGGAAGAAAUCAAUCAAGUUUUAGAUUUAGAGUUAAUUCAGAAACAAAUAGAAAAUAACUCUUUGGAUUUCGAGUAUUACACUCAUUUUAUACUGAACUUAAUGUCAAAAAUAUGUGCUCCAGUUAGAGAUGAUUCGAUAAAAGCUCUUACCCUUUUAAAAGAUCCAGUUGAUAUAUUUAAAGGAAUAAUAGAGACUUUGAGUUUGAUGAGACUUGAUAUGGCUAAUUUUACCAUAACUGCACAACGGCGAGCACUGAAUGCUUGUAGUGCUGAUUAUGAACGUGACAAAUUUGCAGAGUAUUUAAAAAUUCAACCAGAUGCUCUAGAUUUAACUGUUGAGUGGUUAAAACGACAUGUAGAUUUUGAAAAGACUACAGAACCAUACCAUGACAUUAUUGCAAGAGCUUAUCUGGAAAUAUUUGAUUGGGAUGAAAAUUUUAUAUUCCCAGAGACUUUGUCUUUAGACAAAAAAAGAUACUUGGAAACAAAUAAAAUGUUAAAUGUCUUGAUACUCUCUGCAUCUGCAUUUAUUGUAACAAUAUCAUCAAUUAGUAAUACUAUUCCUAAUGACUUGGAAUUCAAAAAAGUUUUAAAAAAUCAUAUAAUAUUGAUCCUCAAAGAUAAUGAUUCAAUCAACUCAAACUUGGCUUUGUUACCAAAUGUUGUAGAACAAGCUGUUAAAGAUUCUAAUGAAUACUUGACAUCAAAAGACAGGUCUCCACUUUCACAAGAUGUAGUGAAACAAAUUGAGACUCAAAUUUUGUCAAUUAAAGAACCUAAUCAUAAAAUAAGAUCCUUAGUUGAUAGGCGAAUUAAAGAGUUUAUUGCUGCUGUUAUUAGUUCUAACAAUGCACGUCCUCAACAGUGUCCACUUGGCUUGUCAGCAUUUAAAGAUGAGCUAGCUGCUGUUACAGGCAACUUUUUACGCCUCAUAACCUACAACAGAAAAGUAUUUUCUACAUUUUAUGAUGAUAUUUUAAAAAAUAUUUUUAACCAGUGCAACUAGGUUUGAUUGUUUCAUAAAAU